AUGGGAAAAUUUGACAUUCAAGUAAUUCGUUUUUUAACUUCUCAACAUUUUCGAAUACUUACUUCUAUUGAAAUGGGAAUGAAGAAUCACGAAUUGGUUCCUCUACCCUUAAUUGCUUCAAUAGCGGCGAUUCAUAGAGGAGCAACUUCGCGUCUUUUGAAUGACUUAACCAGAAGUAAAUUGGUUGUUUAUGAAAGGAGCAAAAGAUAUGAUGGUUUUCGACUAACCACUCUAGGCUAUGACUUUUUGGCUCUUCGAGCACUCCGCGCCCGUGAAGUUGUUGGAUCUAUUGGAAAUCAAAUUGGAGUAGGAAAAGAAGCAGAUGUUUAUGUUGGGGCUAAUCCAGUGCUUGAGGAUUUGGUUCUCAAAUUUCACCGUCUUGGACGUACUUCUUUCCGCAAAUUAAAAGAGAAACGUGAUUAUCAUCGAAAACGUCAUUUUUGUUCCUGGUUAUACCUUUCUCGUUUGGCUGCCUUUAAAGAAUUUGCCUUCCUCAAAGCUUUGUACUCCCACAAUUUUCCCGUUCCAAAACCAAUCGAUAUUAGCCGCCAUACCGUGGUUAUGGAAUUAAUUGUUGGUCCAACAUUGUCAAAUGUGGCACAAGUUGAUGAUCCGGCAAUUCUAUUUGAAAAAUUGAUGAAUUUAAUUGAAAGAUUGGCUUCCUAUGGAUUAAUUCAUUGUGACUUUAAUGAGUUCAAUAUUAUGCUUAGAGAGGAUGGCUCUCCAGUUCUAAUAGAUUUUCCACAAAUGGUUAGUGUGUAUCACCCAAAUGCAGAAUUUUACUUUAAUAGAGAUGUAAAUUGUGUAAAAACAUUUUUUGCCCGAAAAUUUCAUUUUGAUGCCAAAGAAUGGCCAGAAUUUAAAGAUGUUGAAAAAUGUUAUGAUUUGGAUGCGUAUGAUGAAGGAGAUUUUACUGUUCAUUUGGAGGGUGAUGAAGAGGAGGAUGGACAAAGUGAUGAGGAUGAAGGUGAUGGAGAAAGUUAUGAAAUGGUUGGAUAUGAGGAGGAAAUUGGUGUUGAAAAAGAGGAAAAACCUUCCACCAAAUCAGUACAACUCGAACCUUCUAAUACCGGACGACUUCAAGAAUGGAUUGAUCAGGCUCGGGAAAGUUUAGAAACGAUUGCCUUAAAUCAAAAUGAGGUUACUAAACAACCAAAUGAUUCUGAAAAGAAAGAGGGGGACGAAGACGAUAAUGCAUCAGAAGAAGAAUCAGUCGCUUCAAAUUAUUCAAAUAACCAACAAACAAACGAAGAAAUCCCCCAAAAACAACACAAAAAUAACCCCAAAAAUAAUUUAUUAAAAUUAUCUAGUGUUGCUGGGUCAACUUCUACAUUAUCCAAAGAUGAAAUUAAACGGAGAUUGUUAAUGGAAAAAAAUAAAGCAAAGAAAGAAAAAUUACGAGUUAAAGGACAACAAAAUGCUGUAAGACGUGGACGGCAACAAAAUAAAGAAUUAAUUAAAGAAUAUGUUGGGUGGGAUUGUUAUUAG